GGCCCGCGGCCGCCGCCGCCAUUUCGGACACUGCUGUGAGGCUGAGACCGGAGCCGGUCCGCUGGGCGGCGGGCGCCGGGGCAGGAGGGGCGCGCGUGGCGGCGGCGGCCCAGCGUGUAGGCGCGGAGUCGGCCAUGGCGGGCAACUUUGACUCGGAGGAGAGGAGUAGCUGGUACUGGGGGCGUUUGAGCCGGCAGGAGGCGGUGGCGCUGUUGCAGGGCCAGCGGCACGGGGUGUUUCUGGUGCGGGACUCGAGCACCAGCCCCGGGGACUAUGUGCUCAGCGUCUCCGAGAACUCGCGCGUCUCCCACUACAUCAUCAACAGCAGCGGCCCGCGCCCGUCUGUGCCACCGUCGCCCGCCCAGCCUCCGCCCGGGGUGAGCCCCUCCAGACUCCGAAUAGGAGAUCAAGAGUUUGAUUCAUUGCCUGCUUUACUGGAAUUCUACAAAAUACAUUAUUUGGACACUACAACAUUGAUAGAACCAGUUUCCAGAUCCAGGCAGGGUAGUGGAGUGAUUCUCAGGCAGGAGGAGGCAGAGUAUGUGCGAGCCCUCUUUGACUUUAAUGGGAAUGAUGAAGAAGAUCUUCCCUUUAAGAAAGGAGACAUCCUGAGAAUCCGGGAUAAGCCUGAAGAGCAGUGGUGGAAUGCAGAGGACAGCGAAGGCAAGAGGGGGAUGAUUCCAGUCCCUUACGUCGAGAAGUAUAGACCUGCCUCCGCCUCAGUAUCGGCCCUGAUUGGAGGUAACCAGGAGGGUUCCCACCCACAGCCACUGGGUGGGCCGGAGCCUGGGCCCUAUGCCCAACCCAGCGUCAACACUCCGCUCCCUAACCUCCAGAAUGGGCCCAUUUAUGCCAGGGUAAUCCAGAAGCGAGUCCCUAAUGCCUACGACAAGACAGCCUUGGCUUUGGAGGUCGGUGAGCUGGUAAAGGUUACGAAGAUUAAUGUGAGUGGUCAGUGGGAAGGGGAGUGUAAUGGCAAACGAGGUCACUUCCCAUUCACACAUGUCCGUCUGCUGGAUCAACAGAAUCCUGAUGAGGACUUCAGCUGAGUAUAGCUCAACUAACAGUUUUGCUGACAGAUGGGAACAAUCUUUUUUUUUUUUUUUUUCCGAUUGUCAUCUAUAUAAUUUUCUUACAGAUGUCAAAGCAGUCUAGUUUAUAUAAGCAUUCUGUUACCUGUGAUCUUUUUUAGACUGAACUACAUCUCUAGUCUCAUUUACCAUUUCAGGGUACGAAACUGGAGGGCUCAUGUGUUAACUUCUGAAUUGGCAAUUUUAGGUGGUAGCAGCCAUGCCUGAGUGUAUCAGAAGGGAUGGAUAUUUUGCCUCCUUUUCCUCAGGUAGUGCAAAUCAGCCUGUGGAAAACUGAUGGACAGGAGAGGAAUAUUGCACGCUGCUUACCCUGACUUAUUCAGUGGUUUUGUUUUCAUUUUGAAAUGAUGCUAUCAAAUGGCAAUAGACUGUUCCCUUCUACCCCCAUGAAGUAAUCUUGCACCAGGUGAAUAGUAAGUACCCAGUGCGAUUGCUUUUUCAUUUAUUGAACAUGACCACUGUAUGACUCAUUCUGACAGUUCAAAUCCUGAGAUUUCUGAGGACACUACUAGAGGCAUUUGUCUUCCUUUCUAGUCAAUGCUUCGUACUUUUUUUGGGGAUUCUUUAAAUCCUUGUCAUUCUUUUCCCCCAAACCUACCAAAAGGUUCAUUCUCAAGAAAAGUGUUUCUUUACCUUCUGGAUGACAAGCAGAUGUGCAGGGCACUUUAUUCAGUGCAUAGCUUUAAGCCAGUAUUGGAUUCACUGAGUGGACACCCAAACUCCCAGCUUUCCGCCUUCCUUCAAGGGGUCAUAGUAGGUUCACACUGCUACCACAACUAAACAGACUCCUGGCUAAUGGGAUCCAGCAGGGCCAUUUCUCCCGAGUGCCGGUAUCCUGUUAGAGGACUCUGAAAUUCUUAGCUUCUACUUGCUUGGAGUGGAAGGACCAAUCACUUAGACUAUUCCAUAGAUGGUUGUAGGGCCAAAUUCUGCCCUUUGCUUUAUAUACAACUUGUAUAAAAUAAAAGUCAAUUUAAAAUUACAUGAGUUUGGAGUAGGGUUAGUGCUUUGAAAAACAUUUGAACCAAUCAUGAAUUACUUACGUAUUAUUCAUUUUACAUGGCCAGAAUAGUGCUUGAAGUGCAUUUCAUUAUCAACUGCCUUCAUUUUUGGCUCUUUUUCAUUGUGUUCCAGUUCAGUUUACAAAUCCUUUUUUAAGUAUGGAAUGGUGUAUGUGGGGUCAGGUGCUCCCAAGAACAGACUUCUGAGACCAGAAAUGAUCUAGGCUAUUUAGACUACAGUGUGAAACCUUCAGAGUUAGUUCCCAGUCUAGGAAGGCAUUCACUGGUCUCUGGUGUGAUAUGACCCAUGGAAACACCUUCUGUUUUGCUUUGGGCCUCAUUUUAGAAAAGUAAUGUAUCUUUCUAAUUGUUUUUACAUAGGUUAAUGAUUAAUAUGCAUUCUUUGAACAUACACCAAAUCAUGGUAUCCCAGUGACCAGCACGAUGCUUGGCAUAGUCGGUGUGCAGGUGUUUGUAUGAGUGAAUGAGGGGUAUGCAGAAGCUCUUUAUAUGGCACAGGGAAGCCAGCUGACACAGGAUUACAUACCACAAGCAAACUAAUGAGUUGACGCUAAUUUAAUGUAUUUUUACCUCACACUAAGGUAAUGCUUGAUAAAGACAUUAAUAUUCAACUUUUAAAAGUUAGCACAGUGCAAUGCACAUAGUGGGUGCUCAAUAAUAUUAAAUGAAAAGAUUUGCAAUACUAGACUUAAUUCUCUCUGACUACUCUUAAAUUUUCAAAUAGGGCAUAGAUACUGUAAAAUCCAAAUCCAAAUACACAUUAAAAAUCUCGUUUUCCUGAAAGUAUGACAUCUAAAGUACUUGUAGAAAAAUGUCAUCAUAAACAGAUUUGAAUGUUUGUAUUUUCUUUUGCCUUUGACUUUGAUAUUGGCUUGUAAUGUCUCUUUUUAUCAUAUGUAAUAUUAGUGGAACUUCAACUCUACCCAAAUCAUAAGAAUUUUUCAAUGAUCAGUUGUCCGAAGCCAUUAUAUGAACUAUUGGGUUGGAUUUGGCUGGGUGUAGCCGUUGUUGGACCUUAAUAAGAUCAAAGGACUUCUAAUAAGUAUCUUCCAAAAGCAAAUGCUGGAAUCCUAUUCAAGUGCAUAUGUACAUUGUCACAGAGCAAAGUAAACUGUAAUUGGCUGCUAUAUUUUAUAUAAUUUCUGCAAAACCCCAGUUUUUGGAUACUAAUAUUUGACAUGGUUAAUUCUUAUUAAUUUGUUGGAAUUGUUUAUUGUUAAUAAUGCAAAUAGAUAAUUUUUAAUUAUCUUUAAGUAACAUUUCACUAUUAAUGGAAUGAAAUGGAUGGUAAGCAGACCAAUUUGAAAUAAAAUAUGAACAUGUGCCAUUGUAUUAUAACACUAUACACUUUCUUGACAGUUAAAUUUAAAAAAAAAAAGUUUUUUUGUAGCAUGUAUUGUAUAUGUUUAUAGUAUAUGUAGUAAAUAAAAAUAUGGCCAAAUGUUUGGCUUGGUGAUCUUU